AUGACAUCACCUCGACCCGCACCCGAAACACUGCAGCCGCAGGACAUCAAGCAGGAGCGUGCAGCAUGCUCGUUCAAUGUCGACACCAUGUCGUGCAUCCUGCCUGGAUCCAAGGCCGAGCGCGAUAAUGCACGAUGGCUGCUUUCGCUUCUCAAGAGCGAUGCCGAUCGCACAUUCGACAAGGAGGACCGCGUCUUUCAGUCGCGAAACGAGCGCUUCCUCAAGGGCCAAAGGGUUGCGUUGCGCUACUUUGAGAUCCGCAAUCGUCACGGUCUGGAGAAGAAGGACGCGGAUCUGCUUCGAUUGUACACGGACGAAUACCUGCCCAUCCAGGUGGCUGAGAGCAUGGCGCAACCCACGUUGAUGCGACAAGCGAGUCAGGAGCAGUGGGCUGAGUGGGGUCCCUUGGUACGAUCAGGUAGGUGGCUGGGUUGCUACAUGCAAACCGAGCUCGCACACGGCUCCAAUCUCUCUGCACUUAGAACCACGGCAACUUUGGACCUGGACAAGGACGAAUGGGUCGUCAACACACCCGAACCUUCUGCAGGCAAAGUGUGGAUUGGUGGAAGCGGUCUCACUGCUACAUACGGCGUCGUCAUGGCCAACCUCAUCAUCAAGCAAAAGUCGUACGGCAUGCAUCCCUUCCUCGUGCACCUCCGCUCGCUCAAAGACCAUACGCUUCUGCCCGGUCGACGCAUUAUGGAAAUGGGAUGCAAGCUUGGCGCACCUGCGAUGGACAAUGGCUACAUCUGCUUCGACAACGUUCGCAUCCCUCGAAGCAACCUGCUGCAACGCUUCCAGACCGUCUCGAGAAAUGGCGUCUACGAAAAGAGAAAUGCCGCCGCUCAAGUCAUGACGCGCGGCACCAUGACGCUCGUUCGAGUCGGGCUUUGCGAGAUCGCAGCCCAUCAUUUGGCUCGUGCUGCCACUAUUGCCGUCCGAUACGCUGUCGUUCGCCGUCAAGGAACAUCAGCCACCAAACCUGACCAACUCGAACCAAAGAUCCUCGACUACGCCUCUGUGCAGACUCGCGUGCUCACUGCCCUUGCCAGCGCUUACGCCAUCACUUUUGUCAGCCAACAUCUCAGACGCAUGUACAACGAGAUGAUCGCCGAGAUCGAAAAUACGGGCAAUAGCGGACUGCUGCCCAUCGUGCACGGCUACUCGAGCGUGCUCAAGGCGGUGUGCACCAACGAGUCGCUUGCAGGCAUCGAACGGUGUCGCAGGAGCAUGGGCGGUCACGGCUUCAGUCAGGCAUCUGGCUUCGACUUUGAACGCAAUCAGCCCAAUGCCGGUCUCAUCUACGAGGGCGAAAACUCGAUGCUGCUUGCAGGGCCCUCGGCCAACUUCUUGAUCAAGCAGCUCAAUGAGACACGCAAACGCAACGGCAAAGCUGCUCGUCCUGAAUUGGCCUACCUCGAGCUGAUCGCUGGGGCGACAUCGGCGGGUGAUGCCAUCUCAGGACGCGCGCGGGCAAUUGGUGUCGAGCAGAUUGAGGAGCCACAGGUGUUGCUGGAUUUGCUCGCCUUCAGAUCAGCACUUCUUGUCGAAAGACUUGCUCAGCACCGCAGCAGCACGCACAAUUCGGAUGACGGAGUACACAAGCACAUGGACACCAACCUGGCUGUUCGUGCAUCCAGCGCUCACGGCGCCUACCUGCUCGGCUACGCGUUCAACGACCUCGUCCAGCAGCUCAAGGCUUCAUCGCCCGAAUCAACCAAGGCACGCUUUGGGGUCACCGUACAGAGCGCUCACGUAAGCGCGCUGGACAAGCUGCUUCGAUUCUACCUUCUGCAGAACUGCAUUCUGUCCCAGGAGACGCUUGGCGAUUUCCUGGAAAUGCAGCUGCUCACAGGUGCUCAGUUGGACAGGCUCAGACAGAGCGCGGCGAAACUGCUUUCCGGGCCAAUCAGGAGAGACGCGCUAGGAUUGGUCGAAAGCUUCGACAUGGAUGAUUGGUAUCUGUGCUCGCCGCUGGGUAGUAGCGAUGGCCGUGCCUACGAGAGGAUGAUCGAAUGGAUGAAGCUCGAGCCACUCAACCAUACGGGUGAACGAGGCGCGAGGGAUGAAAGGGGCGUGGUCAAGGGAUACCACGACGGAAUUGGUCGCUUGAUUCGCGGCGAAGCUGUCCAGUUCACUGAAAAGGCAAAGUUGUAG